UCAACCUCAACACGAUGAUACCAAAAGCGACGUAUCUUAUCUUCGUGUCGAAAAGGUGCCGGAUGAAUACAUGGUAGUUGAUGCUCUACGCGCAUUCACUACCCUCCAAUCCGUGCAAGAAACCAAAGAGCUCCUCGACCGCACCGCCAACCUGAUAGAAAAUAUGAUGCCAGAGAUCCGGGAGACGAGCCUAGUGAGAGAGAAGCUUGAAGGCCGACUGUUGGCAAAGAUGAAGAAGAAACCUGAACUUUGGGAUGGGACCGCGAGUAUGGAGAAGAAGGACAGGAAGUUGAGGAUGGAAUGGCUGAGAUCUGAGAGGAAAGCUGAGAGCAUUAGGAAAUGGGAGGAGGAAAAUAAAGAGUUUGCACGGAACGGGCACAGUCCGGAGCCCUACGAGAAUUACUGCCUUACAGACUACUCCUGGAGGCAGUCGCAGUGGGAGUCCCAAGCGGUCGAGGGAGGCAUCUGACAGCGAAAGUUCAGACAGCAGUCGGUCGAAAAGACGGCGUUCAUGACAUCAUCAUAACUACUGCUACCGUGCUCACGUG